UAAAGAGCGCCCGAUUGACUCCGGUUUACCGACAGAUGCCGCUGAAGGGCAGCUCCAGGACGGCGGGUCGAAGCACUGUUGCCAGGCUUAUCCAAUGAACCAUGAGCAACAUGUACAGAGGAUCUGAUAAAACAGAUAAGAUUCAGGCUUCAUCCUCCAUACCGAAGAAAUAUCAAAGAGUGGUGAUAACAAAUCAAGAAAAGAAGGGGUUUUCAUCUCAAGCGAAGAGAUUCCCCUCACAACUCUGUCUGAAUGACAACCCAGGACCGGGCAGCUAUGGCUGUAUUCCCAGUGCUGAAGUUACAAGUCCUUCCUUCUCAAAGAAAGGCACCACAGGCUUUGUUGCAUCCAAGGUUGCCCGGGGUUACAGAAACCCACAGAGAGCCGUCCCAGGACCAAACGUUUACAACAUCCAGAGCUCGUUUAUAAACAAGUAUGAUUUCAACAUUGGGGUGUCCAGGGUGUUCAGGCUGCCUGUGGCUGUGCAGCUAGAUGCUCCGAAGCAUAAAACUCCAGCGCCAAAUCAAUAUGAUGUCAGUUGUGGUAGUAGAGCAAGAAUCUCCUCAGUGGUUGGUACAUCAGCUUUCCUCUCAAAAAUUGGACGUGACUCAUUUUACACAAACAACAAUGUGCCAUCACCAUGCCAAUAUGAGGUGAACAACCAUUUAAUCCAGCACAGCUCCAAGGCAGUUUUGUCCCCCUUCAAAUCUAAAACUCAGAGAAUCCCUGCUCUAGUGGACAACCACAUGCCGGGCCCAGGAGCCUACAGUCCCCAUCAGGUCCCCGCACUGGUGAAGAAGGCCAUCCUACCGAGGGGUUGUUAUUUGGCAAUAUCAGCGCCUCCUCUGAUUGCUCCUAAGGAUCCACCUAUGCCAGGUCCCGGCCAGUAUGAUAUAGGGAAUUAUGAUGGCGCAUCCAAGCAUCCUAUGCUCACUGCUGCAUUUGCAUCCAGAACCAAAAGACUACCCGAAUACUCAGGGGCUGAUAUGAAGCCAGGUCCAGGUUUCUAUAAUCCACAGAUUUUGUCAAAGCAGUCCUUCUUUUACAACGACUCCAGAGUCUGGAUUCCUGCAUGAAGCUUUCAAAGGAAACUGCAGAAACUGUAAAUUCUUCACAUGCAUAAACUGAUUAUCCUUAUGUGCAAGGUAUGUGUCUCUAUGUUAUAAAUGUACAUGGAUUCAUGUAUCUGUCAUUUUUUUAGAUCAGUAUUUACUGAGAAAGAAAGAUUAAAAGAAAGCGUUUGCAAUCA